GCCUAAAAUGACUUCUGCAUAAAUGCCACAGAAUAAAUGGCGUCCAAAGUAACAGAUGCUAUAGUCUGGUACCAGAAGAAGAUUGGGGCUUAUGAUCAGCAAAUAUGGGAAAAAUCUGUAGAACAAAGAGAAAUCAAGGGUUUGAGAAACAAGCCAAAGAAAACUGGGCACGUAAAGCCUGAUCUCAUAGAUGUGGAUCUUGUAAGAGGCUCUGCCUUUGCUAAAGCAAAACCAGAAAGUCCCUGGACCUCCCUGACUCGAAAGGGAAUUGUUAGAGUUGUUUUCUUUCCUUUCUUCUUCAACUGGUGGUUACAAGUGACAUCGAAGGUUAUUUUUUUCUGGCUCCUUUUCCUUUAUCUUCUUCAAGUUGCUGCAGUCGUAUUGUUCUUUACAAUAGAAGGCCCGCACAAUAUACCUCUAACUGAAGUAAUAGGGCCAGCAUGGCUCAUGUUGCUCCUUGGAACUGUACAUUGCCAGAUUGUUUCGACAAGGACGCCUAAAUCAUCUCCAAGCACAGGAGGGAGAAGGAGAAGGAAAUUAAGGAAAGCGGCACAUUUGGAAGUGCAUAGAGAAGGAGAUGGCUCUAGCACGACAGAUAACACACAGGAGGGAACCAUACACAGCUACGGUACAAGCACUCCUUAUAGUCUUGGCGCUGUCUUCAGGGAUAUCUGGCAUGCUACUUUCUUUUUAUCAGGAGCAAAGAAAGCAAAGAACUCAAUAGAUAAGUCAACAGAAACUGACAAUGGGUAUGUCUCCCUUGAUGGAAAAAAGACAGGUAGAAACAAUGAAGAUGUUUUACAGUUCCAUGAGCCGCCCUGUGAGGUUAUCAGAUCAGAAGAGACUGGCUGGAAUACUGGAACUGCAAGAAAUACAUACAAUACUUCGAAUCAUAAAGACAGUCACAGAACAAUGACAAACGUAUCUGAUGAAGUUUCUAGUGAAGAGGGGCCAGAAACUGGCUAUCCUUUGCGACGGAACGCAGAACGUGCUUCCAGUGAUGGGACAUUUCGAAACAAGAAAUCCCAUCAUUAUAAGAAACAUUACCCUGUAGAGGAUGUCCCUAAAUCAGGCACUAGUUGCAGUUCACGAUGUUCAAGUUCCAGACAAGAUUCUGAGAGCACAAGACCAGAAUCAGAGACUGAAGAUGUACUCUGGGAGGACUUUUUGCACUGUGCAGAGUGCCGCUCAUCCUGUACAAGCGAGACAGAUGUGGACAAUUCUCAGGUCAAUUCAUGUGUGAAGAAGGAAUAUAGGGAUGACCCAUUUCAUCAGAGUCAUUUGCCCUGGUUCCAUAGUUCUAACCCUGGGCUAGAAAAAGUAAGUGCGAUCGUUUGGGAAGGCAAUGAUUGCAAAAAAGCUGAUAUGUCAGUGCUUGAGAUCAGUGGCAUGAUAAUGAACAGGGUGAACAGCUAUGUUCCAGGAAUAGGAUAUCAGAUUUUUGGAAAUGUUGUGUCCUUAAUCCUGGGAUUAACACCAUUCGUAUUUAGACUUUCACAAGCAAAAGACCUGGAGCAUUUAGCCACGCAUACUGCUACUGAACUUUAUGCUAUUGCAUUUGGGUCAAAUGGAAAUGUAAUGGUGAUUUCCAUGGUUAUUGUGUGCUUUAUAGUCCGUGUUUCCCUUGUAUGGAUCUUCUUCUUCCUUUUAUGUGUGGCCGAGAGAACUUACAAACAGAGGCUACUUUUUGCCAAACUCUUUGGUCAUUUAACAUCUGCUAGAAGAGCUCGAAAGUCAGAAGUCCCACACUUCCGACUAAAAAAAGUGCAGAAUAUUAAAAUGUGGCUUUCCCUUCGUUCCUAUCUAAAGCGACGAGGUCCUCAGCGUUCAGUGGACGUAAUAGUUUCAUCUGCUUUUUUGUUGACUAUUUCUGUUGUAUUUAUAUGCUGUGCACAGCUACUACAUGUACAUGCAGUCUUCCUUGAUUGCCAUUAUAAUUGGGAACUGGUGAUAUGGUGCAUUUCAUUAACCCUCUUUCUUUUGAGAUUUGUAACACUUGGAUCUGAAACAAGUAAAAAAUACAGCAAUACAUCAAUACUACUUACGGAACAGAUAAACUUGUACUUGAAAAUGGAAAAGAAGCCGAACAAGAAAGAAGAACUAACAUUGGUAAACAAUGUUUUGAAACUUGCUACAAAAUUAUUAAAGGAACUGGACAGUCCCUUCAGAUUAUAUGGAUUAACAAUGAAUCCUCUGCUCUAUAAUAUAACACAAGUUGUUAUUCUAUCUGCUGUUUCGGGUGUUAUCAGUGAUUUGCUUGGAUUUAACCUAAAGCUUUGGAAGAUCAAAUCCUGACCCUUUUCCAACAGAAGAUGCCCAUGUUGUUCUGAAGAAGAGGACAGAUUCAUUAAGGUGCCUCUGGGCAGUCACCAAUACUGUAUUUCAGACAUUACAAUCUCUUCACGGACAUCCUUUGAAAAAACUGAAGUGUUUACAACUGACUGUCUAGUGCAAUCUUGAUAUUUAUUUUACUGUUUCAAUUUUUGUAAACUUUAUUUUAGCUGACAGUGUGUUUUGUUUUGGAUCAUCAAUAUGCUUUGGUUACUGAAAUGUUAAAAAAUGGAGAUCCCAAUACUCAAGAUCCUGGUAAUUAGUCAUCUUAAAUAAGUCAAAUUUGCUUUAUGGAUUUGUGAAAGAUGAAGCUCUUCUAACUUCAGAAGUUAUUGUUACAACAAAGUCAUGCUGAAGUCACUUUACUGAAUAAGUAUUACAAAGUGUUUAGAACAUUUUAUACCAUCCCUGGGGUGGGGUGGGGGGGAGGGCAUCAGAGCACCAGCAUAUUGUUGAAUACAGUAGAAAAUUACAUUUACUGUAAUGACAAUGCAUUAUGCCAGGGAGCUAAUAGAGACGUAUAAAAAUACAAAAGCAAAAAUUCAAGAGCCAGCAGCUUUCUUACUGAAGUGAUUCCAGGAUCCACACUGAACUGUUGUUUAAACAUUACUGAAUCUUAAUAAGGUAUUACCUAGCAGGUCAACAAGUGCUCUUUCACGACAUUUUUAGCAGAGCAAUAAUUGUAAGCUGUUACUACACUGUAAGAUAUUUUGAUAAAAAUUAGCUGUAGUAUUUAUUUGAAACGAUGAGUUGUUUACACAGCUCUCUGCCGCUCAGUAUGUGCACUUUCACUGUUAUUUUAAUAACGAUCUUUAUAUAUACUAAGCAAAAUAUAUUAUGGUGCACUGUGGUGCAAUAAUAUUGCCUUUGCAAUUGGGUAUAAAAAUGUGUAUGCUCAAGAUGAAUACUUUCCCAUAGUACACUAUAGUAUAUGUGACUUAUACCACACAUAGACUUUAAAGUGAACAUCUUAAUAAGGUAUAUGUUUUAAAUUAUAAGAUAAAACUCCAAUUUUUAACCCUAUUCCUAGUCCUGUUUAUAAGCAAUUGCUGAUCAUUUCAGUGAACAUCUUCCCAGACAAAAAAAUUCCUGAAUUCCUGAAAAAAAAUCCAACAUUCCUGAUUUGCCUCUUUGUUCUGGAGGACGUUAUGCUGAACUUCCAGCAUACUUUGGAAUGGACGUAUAUAAGGAUCAGGCUGUCUGACUGUGAUCUGAAAGCACAGAUAGAAGAAGGUUCUAAUCCUUAUUUUCAAAUACAUGUCCGUAAGAUUGCUGUCUAAAUUUAUUUCUGGUUUCUGGCUCAAGGCAGAGCCAUAUGAAAUCUGACUGGAUUUCUGUAAUCUUCUAAAGCUAUGUAUAGGUUUAUAUGUAUAGACAGUAUUAGUCAAUGUUGCCUUUAGUAGUAAUAUUAGUAACUGAUGGUUAGUUAUGCAGUGAAUGGGGGUGAUGCCUGUCAUUGAGUUACCUUGAUCUAAUAUGCACUGCUGUGAUACAUGGAGGGCAUAGAAAAUUCUAGCUGUGUGCCCGCAGACAUCUCUGGGAUUGUUCCAUUUAGUUGAGCGGUCAAUACUGCACGCACAAAAAUUACCUAUAACAAGUUGCCGCUCUGUUAGGUGAGUGCGAUAACCCAUAUGCUCAGUGAAGUCACUGGAGGACACGCUGGGUUUCAGGUGAAAUUGAUGGCAUCUGCAUAAAUAAGAGCCUGUCAGAGUUGGGCGGCUAUAACAAAUUUGAAUAAAUAAAUAAAUUAUUGGAUUUACAUGUUAGAUUGAUUCCCCAUUUGGAGAAAAAGGUUCAGUUGAUUUUUUUAAAAAUAAGCUGAAAAUAAUGACUUUAUAAAUUUCAAUUUGCUUAUAUCAUCAAAUUGUAAUCAAGUAUGUGAAAAGGUACCAUUUUUAUUAUGUUGAAUAUACCUAGAAGAUUCUGCAUUACUCAGUUCAUGCACUGAGCUUAGAGUUUUAAAAUGUUUAUUUUAAAUAUAAACAAGAGAAAAUAAUGUAGCUGAGAAGAAAGAAGGCUUAGACAUUAACCUCUUGUCCAGAAUUAUUAUGAUUGAUUUUAACUUGUGUGGUAUAAGAUAUUUUUAUAUAUAAAGCGACACAAACAUUUUGUAUUUUAUUUGUUGCUGUACUAAUGACCAAAGUACAUUCUGUUGUGUUAUUCUCUGUUCACCCUUUCCCUAAAAAAAUGUGUUACUAGAGCUUUAAGAACAUGCUAUGUCUAAUUUAUCAUGUAAAAACUUUGGCCGUGUGACCUUUCUUCUUCAUCUAUGUUGUCUGAUGUUCAGGUUAAGUUUAGGAAUUAAGUCUAUUUUAUAUUUUUUUUUCCAAAAUACGGUACAGACCUACGUAAAGCUAAAUUUUACGAAGAAUAUAUUUUAAGAAGAAAAAAUAAAGAACAGUAUGAGUUGAUGAUGUGUUGAUGAUGAGUUGCCUAGUGGCAAGAAACCAUUUUCCAUUUCUCCAUUCUGCCUUACCAUUUUUUUUAAAAAAAGAGUAGACAUUUUCAUAAUGAAGCAUUUUUGGUUUUUUCGGUAUCUGAAUUUUGAGUCUGAUCUUAUUUGAAGGGAGCAGUUUGAGUUCAAGGAAGAAGUUUGAUUGUAAGCAUGCUAUACCUUUGCAACUAGCAGUAUGCUAGAUGGUUGCACUAAUUAUGGUAGCAUUGACAAACUUAAACAUGAGGGCUAGCAAAUAGGAAAAAGUACCUCACAAUAAUGACAGAUUUAAAUUGUGCCAUUGGUCUAUCAAACACACAAUUGAAAUGCUAAGCAUCUUUUACAUCCCUUAUUUGAAAAACAGAGGUAAAGAGAAUGUGGCAGUUCUUGUUCAACUGUUGUUGACGUAUGUUUGUAACAGGCAGCGUGCUCAAGCUUGGAAUAAAACCUGUGGC